AUGUUUUUGGCCUGUUGUUGCCACUGUUCACCGCUAUGUUUAUUUCUGUCCAUAAUAGCUGCUCUUCUUAUUGGCAUAGCCAUUGCUGCAAUUCUUGUCGCUGUUUUGACCAAAACUACAAGUACAAGCACAACAAUAACCACAACAACAGCGACAACAGCCACAACGACAACAGAAACGACAGCGACGACUACUACAACAACUACAACAACUACAGCAACAACCACUACAACAACAACUGCUACAACAACUACAACAACGACAACUGAUACGACAACAACAACUACAACAGCAACAACUGCUACAACAACGACAACAAUGACAACGGACACGACAACGACAAUGACAACAACUUCAACAGUAACAACAACAACUACUACAACAACUUCGACUGAAACUACAACAACUUCGACAGCAACAACAACAACUACUACAACAACAAGCUCGGCUCCUCCAAGUGUUAACUGCACUGUAUCGACCGCGGGGAGUACUAUAUGGUUUAUCAGCGAACACUUAAUAUGUGACUGCUCUUCUCCUAUCACGAAUAUCACCAGUAUAAUUACCCUGCAAAAAACCACUGGUGCCUCAUUUGGUGGAAUAUGGACUACCAUUAAUUCAUAUAUGACUUAUUCUCGUGUAAGUAGUGGCGCACAAAUAAUUUAUACAUAUGGCAUUAUCAAUGGACAAACAAUUCCGACAUCUCAGUGUCCAUUCACACUUGCAGCCGAUCUUUCUUUGUCCGGAACAGCUCACUCGACUAGCGGCGAUAUUUAUUCUGUAAGCUACGCAACAAGCACCGGUCAAAUAAAUACAUUAUCAGGAAGCUUUUGA